AAGAACUACUUUCUCUCUUCAUCGAUAAGAUUAGAAACUUUUCUUUAAGAGUUAUGGUGGGGUCCAUCUGCGAAUCUGUACCGACGGCGAACUCUUCUACGGUGGUGAACUCUAUUCCUCCGUUUCUGAGCAAGACAUACGAUAUGGUUGACGAUCCAUUGACCGACGAGGUGGUCUCUUGGAGCAGUGGAGACAAGAGCUUCGUUGUCUGGAACGUGCCUGAGUUUGCUAGACUGUUUCUACCAAAGUACUUCAAGCAUAAUAAUUUCUCCAGCUUUGUCAGGCAGCUCAAUACUUAUGGUUUCAGAAAAGUUGAUCCAGAUCGCUGGGAAUUUGCAAAUGAAGGAUUUGUAAGAGGCCAAAAACAGUUACUAAAGAGUAUUGUCCGGAGAAAGCCUUCUCAGGUGCAGCCUUCACAACAACCUCAAGUUCAGCACUCAUCUGUUGGUGCCUGCGUAGAAGUGGGGAAGUUUGGACUAGAAGAAGAAGUGGAAAGACUCCAGCGUGAUAAGAACGUCCUUACCCAAGAACUUGUGAGGUUAAGGCAGCAACAGCAAGUCACUGAACAUCAUCUGCAAAACGUGGGGCAGAAAGUUCAUGUGAUGGAGCAGAGGCAGCAGCAAAUGAUGUCGUUUCUAGCAAAGGCUGUUCAGAGUCCAGGUUUCUUGAACCAGUUUUCACAGCAGAACAAUGAGGGGAACAACCAACACAUUUCUUCCGAGAGUAACAAAAAAAGGAGGCUACCUGUUGAGGACCACAAGUAUCCUGGAAGUGGAAGUUAUGGAGCUAAUGGUCUUAGCCGCCAGAUUGUUAGAUACCAAUCAUCGAUGAACGAAGCAGCAGAUACUAUGCUUGAACAGAUACACAAUAUGAGUAACCCACAUAGCCACCAAGAACCCCUCUCCCAUGGUAGCAGCUUUCUUUUGGGCGAUGUUCCUAACAUUUCAGACAAUGGGAGCUCCACAAAUGGAGCAUCUGGAGUUACAUUGGCAGAUGUUUCAUCUACUCCUCCCAUUAAUUAUCACGUCCCUUGUGAAACAAACCAAAUCCUGGAGGGUAAUUUGCCGUUUGCUCAAGGUGAUAUCUUAGCUCCGAGCCAAGAAGCAGCUUAUGGGAGCUCAAAUUCUAAUCUAGUUGGAUGCGAGACAGAUAAUGGAGAGUGUUUGGAUCCAAUAAUGGCUGUUCUGGCUGGCUCAAUGGCACUAGACUCCAAUGCAGUGAAUGAGUUGCUUCCUGGAGUUCAAGAUCCAUUGUGGGAACAGUUCUUUGGUGAGAGACCAGUGAUUGGUGACACAGAGGAGCUAGUCUCAGGGUCAGUGGACAAUGAGUUGAUAAUGGAGCAGCUAGGAUUACAAUGUAAUCUGAGGAAUGUGUUGAGCAACAAUCAACAAAUGAACCAUCUUACUGAACAAAUGGGAUUUCUCACACCAGAUGCGCUCAGGAAGUGAUAAUCAGAUGUAGAAGAUGGGUUAAGGACCAAGGUUUUCUGGAGCUGCAGCAACAAAACGAUAAUGGCAAAAAGAGGUGUUAUGUAUGUAUCAUAUAUGUAUCAAACUUGUGUUACUCUCAUUCUUGUCAUCAUUGUGUAAUAAAGUAAUAAAAUUAUAGCCUUUAAGAUUUAUGCAUUAAACUUGGAAAGAAAUCACUACUUGUUAAUAGUAGCACAAUACGAACAUUUGUAAUAUUCAUUAUACAACAACAAAAAAACAGUUGUAUUGAUUUACUUCAUAAUACAAAAUAAAACAAUAUGGC